AUGGCAUCUUCUUCAAAUAGAGCUAUUGAAUCCGUUAAUGAAAGUCAGGACCAUUAUAAUGCUCUACCUCACCUCCAAGAAGGAGAUGAUGAACCCUUACCUAACCUAAAUCAUCCUCAUGUUAGUGAAAAUGAAAUGGGUAGUAAUCCAAGAGCAAUGGGUCAUAGUACUCCUAUUAUGACUCCUCUAUUUCAGCAGAUGGCUGAGUUCUUUCGUCACUUGGCUGGGACAAUGUCAGAACCUAGUGAAAUGAAUUUUGAGGAGAUGAUGAAAAUGGGUGGAUUUGAAUUUGAAGGCACUAUUGAUCCCACGGUAGCUGAACAAUGGAUCGAGCGCAAGGAGAGGAUCUUUGAACAACUAGAGUGUACUAAUGCUGUCAAAUUUAAAAUUGACAAGGAAGAAGCUAGUAAGAGAGAAAACAGGUUUAGGAAGGGUAAUUUAGAUUAUGGCGGUUCAUCCAAGAAGGGAAAGUUUGACUAUUCCAAGCCUGAAAGUGCACAGAAGUCAUCAUAUCAUAAGCAGAAUAAGCCAAUUUUUUCUACUGCUAGUACUCCAAGUUAUGUCCAAGGCAAAACUUAUACACCUACUUGUGCACAGUACAGGAUGAAUCACUAUGGUGCCUGCAGAAGAGCUUAUGGUGCUUGUUUUAAUUGUGAAAGUCUGGAUCAUAAAGUUAAGGAUUAUCCUAAUCCUAAUCCUCUUUCUUAUACACAUAUAGAGGGCUCAGUUCAAAAGCCUGACACUACUCAUUCUCAAGCUAAUAGCGGUGCAAGACCUAGAAAUAUACAAACAGUGGGUUCGGGUGGAGCUAAUCAGGCUUGUGGAUCGAGAUCUACUGCACGAGUCUAUGCUAUAAGACAAAAGAAUGACCAAGAUGGCCCGGACGUGGUUGUUGGUAAAUUUUACUUAUUUGGCAUAUCUAUUGUUACAUUAUUUGAUCCUGGAUCUUCGCACUCUUAUGUUUGCUCAUCACUUACAUUUCCUGAUACUGUUAAAUCUGUAAGACUUGACUUUGAUGUGCUGGUCACGAGUCUAUUAGGUCAUCAGGCUGUUGUUAACAGGAUUUACCGAGAUUGUCCAUUCAUGAUUCAAAAGCUAGUCUUCCUUGCAGACUUACUUGAAAUGCCCUUCCAAGACCAUGAUGUUAUUGUUGGUAUGGAUUGGCUCCAUAGGUACCAUGCAUUGGUUGAUUUUAGGUUGAAGCAAGUGACUUUUAUAACUCCUGCAUAUUCACACAUAGUAGUUCAAGAAGAAAGAUCAUUGACAUCUAAUAUUAUUUUUGCGGUCUUGUCAAGGAAGAUGAUUUGUCAAGGUUGUGAUGCCUAUCUUGCUCAUAUAGUCGAUACACUAUUGGGGAGUCCAAGUCUUAAGGACAUACCCACCAUGUGCGACUUUCCUGAUGUAUUUCCUGAUGGUCUUCCUGGGUUGCCUCCAGAAAGAGAGAUUGAAUUUCCUAUAGAGCUUGUCCCUAGAACUACUCCUAUUUCUAUCACUCCUUGUAGAAUGGCUCCAGCUGAAUUAAAAGAGUUGAAGGCUUAA